AUGGUAAAACCCACUGAUGAUGCCGAUGAUGCUGGGAAUCAUGACAACAACUAUGGCAGACGACUUUGGACUAGGGUAGGAGUGGGACCCAAAGGUGUGACAUUUUUGUACGUAUCCCGACUAGUCUCCCUGCACACACACACACACUCAUCCACACCAUCCGAGCUGAGUGUGGUUUUGACUAGGCUCCCCGAGACAUCUGCUGGCAUGGGCCCCGCCCAAGGGGGCCCUGUGCAUCGUGUGUCCGGUUGUUUUGAGCCAAAUGUUUCGGGCUUGGCCUCGGCUUUUGCCUCAACUCAUGUACAGUUUGGUUGGCGAGCCAAGUACUUCCUAUCGGAAACCGCUGGUGCAUGUGUUGGUGCUCUUGCCGGUCUGGGGCGUACUUUGGUCCAUCGGCUUCAUCUUGGGGUCAUGACAGCAAAUUGGGCUCGUCCACCAUCUGUUAGGGGCCCUUAUUUGCUUUAUUCAAUUGCCUGCUGUGCCCGUCUCUCUGUUGUCGGGAUUCAUUUCGCGGCUGCAGCAAGCGGAUUAUUGACACGGUACCACGUUGCACACAUGCAGACGCCCAACGCUAUCCGUCAUGUUUACGAGACGGAAAAUCCAACCAUCCAAUCUUCCAUCCAUCCAACCUUCCAUUCAUCCAACCAUCUAAUUAUGCAACUACCCACUAGCCUUUGGUUCGAGUCUCACCAUGACCGUUAA